AUGGACAUGCCCCCCUCUCCCGGCUCGGGCACCCCCGUCGGCACUGUCACCCCUGCCAAUGGCACCCAGACUCCAUCCCAGCCUCCCUCGGAGAUUGCCCUAACCCCACCCCGCGCCGCCCGCGCGACGCUGUCACCCCCCGGCCCCAGAAUCAAGUGGGAUGUACAGAGCCAGAAGAGGCAGAAGAAGGUUGCUGUGCUUACAUCUGGCGGCGACAGCGCCGGUAUGAAUGCUGCAGUCCGCGCUGUGGUAAGACAGGCCAUUGCCCGCGGCUGCCAGGCGUACAUUAUCCGUGAGGGAUGGGAGGGCCUGGUGCGCGGCAACACUGCCGCCGUACCGACGCCAGCUCCAUCUCGUCGUGGCUCGGAGGCGCCCUCGCCUUCGAUCAACGCCAUGCAGACCUUCAGCUUCACCCAGUCGUUCACGCCGGAGGACCUCAAACUCGGCGCUGCCGCUGCACGCGUGACUGGUGACGUGUCCGAAGGGUCAAGUGACGACGACAGUACCGAUGACGAGGACGUUCCCGUCCGGUUUAGCGACCCGAUGAGAGUCGCGCCCCUCACGGCCGCUCCGCUCUCGUUCGGCUACGGCAGCCUGCUGCGCGACGGUGCGGGCGAGGCCGAUAUUGAUGAGGACGGCGCGUUCCACAUGCCCGAGGAGAAUGUCGGUGGCGGCAAGACGCUGCGCGGGCGUUACAUUGUGCGCGUCGGUUGGGACGAUGUGCGCGGCUGGCUCGGCGAGGGUGGCACUCUCAUCGGCUCGUCCCGCUGCCCCAGCUUCCGCACGCGCGAGGGUCGCCUCAAGGCCGCUCACAACCUUAUUCGCUUUGGCAUCGACUGCCUGGCCGUAUGUGGAGGUGACGGCUCGCUCACCGGCGCCGACAUGCUGCGUGCCGAGUGGCCCAGCCUUAUCAAGGAGCUGAAAGGGAAGGGCGACAUCACUGCCGAGGAGCUCGAAGCCCACCGCCACCUUAACAUUGUUGGUCUUGUUGGCUCGAUAGACAACGACAUGGCCAUGACCGAUCUCACUAUCGGCGCAAUCACGGCCCUUCACCGCAUCUGCGAGGCUAUCGACUCGAUUGGCUCGACUGCUUCGUCGCACUCACGAGCUUUCGUCAUUGAGGUCAUGGGCCGUCACUGCGGUUGGCUCGCGCUAAUGGCCGGAGUGGCCACCGGUGCGGAUUUCAUCUUCAUCCCGGAGCACCCGCCCCCCAAGCAGAACUGGGAGGAUGAGAUGUGUGGCGUGCUCAAGAAGCACCGCCGCCUUGGUAAGCGCAAGACCAUUGUCAUCGUCGCCGAGGGUGCGCUUGAUAGCGACCUCAAGCCAAUCAAGCCCGAGUACGUCAAAGAGAUUCUCAGCGGGCGCCUCGGCCUCGAUACGAGGGUCACGACCCUCGGACACACGCAGCGCGGUGGUGUCCCUGCUGCCUUUGACCGCAUUCUCCCCACCCUCCAGGGUGUCAAAGCUGUCGACACCCUCCUCGAGGCAACUCCCAACACGCCGUCGUACAUGAUCGGUAUCUCGGAGAACAAGAUCACCAAGAUUCCGCUGCUCGAGGCUGUCGCGCAGACCAAGAAGGUCGCGGACGCGAUCGAGGCGAUGGACUUUGACCUCGCUAUGUCAUACCGUGACUCGGAGUUUACCGACAUGAUCACUGCGUUCAAUAUCUCCUCAUCGCUUCCUGCGAGCGAGAGGCUGCCGGACGACAUGCGUCUGCGCAUUGCCAUUAUCCACGUCGGCGCGCCUGCUGGAGGCAUGAACGCGGCGACGCGCCAGGCUGUGCGUUUCUGCCACGAGAGAGGUCACGUCCCACUUGCGAUCUACAACGGAUGGGAAGGCUUACUCGAUGACAAUGUGAGCGAGCUCUCGUGGCUGCGUGUCGACAACUGGACGACACGUGGUGGCUCAGAGCUCGGUACGAAUCGUACUCUGCCGGACGUCGACAUGGGACAGGUGGCCAGCGCGUUGCAGCGUCACCAGAUUGAUGCCAUGCUCGUCAUUGGCGGUUUCGAGGGUUACAACUCUGUGCGUCUGCUCGAGAAGUCGCGUCACAACUACCCGGCGCUGUGCAUCCCAAUGGUGCACCUUCCCGCUACGAUCUCGAACAACGUCCCUAUGACCGACUUCUCGCUCGGCUCUGACACGUCGCUGAACGCUCUCGUCGUCGCCGCAGACGCUAUCAAGCAGAGUGCGGCUGCAUCGCGCAACCGUGUCUUCGUCGUCGACGUGCAGGGCGGCAUGAGUGGUUACAUUGCCGUACUCGGUGCCCUCGCAGUUGGUGCUCUGUUAGUCUACACGCCAGAGCAGGGGAUCAACCUCUCGUGCCUUGUCGAGGAUGUCGAGUUCCUGAAGGAGCGCUACGCCCUCGACGAGAAGGGCAAGAGUGAGGGGCGGCUCGUCAUCCGCUCCGAGAAGUCGUCCAGCGUGUACACGACCGAGGUGAUCACCAACAUCUUGAAGGAGGAGGGUGCAGACCUGUUCGAUGCGCGCUCGGCCUCGCUCGGCCAUACGCUGCAGGGCGGCGUGCCCUCGCCUCUUGACCGGACGCGUGCUGCCCGUCUGGCAAUGCUCUCCAUGCAGUUCCUGGAGAAGCAUGCGCAGCCGGGCUCGCAGGCGUUCCACCGCCGCCGCGCGGGUGAGGAGAUGAUUGGGCACGAGACUGCGGCCAUGAUCGCCAUCCGCGGCAGCAAGAUUGUCUUUGCGAGCAUGAGCGAUGUCCAGAACCACACGGACAUGAAGCGCCGCCGCGGCACCGACGUCUGGUGGGCCGGUGUAAAAGGACUCACCGAGGUUAUGGGAGGUCGCACCGGCGUGCUCGUCGACAUGGACCGGCAGGUGCGCAACAAGGCGCGCUUCCGCCGGGAGAGCAUCCGGUCGCAGGCGUUUUGA